AUAUAUAUUGUUGUAUAUGUAUACAUAAUGUAUGUGGGUAGAUAUGUAAGUUAGAUCUAGUUGCGCGGGCUGCGCCCCCCGCCGCCUCUUGAUGCGAAAUAAAUCAGUGCACUAUUAGCCGUCGUUCUAAUUACCCGUACCGCUUCCUACAAGUACUUAGUCUUAAAUAAAACACGUGGCGACGAACGGACCAAACGCGCAUAAUGUCGGGUGUACAAUUUGGUUUCCUGUCUACUUUUGACCACCAGAGUCAAGACUGGGACACUUACAGGAACCGAUUGUCACAGUGGCUCAUUGCAAACGAGAUUAAUGUGGAUUCGGACAAGGCGGGUGUGAAGCGACGCGCCAUCUUACUUAGUGCGCUCACGGAAUCAACUUAUAAACUCGCGAGUGACUUGGCGUUGCCGAAAAAGUUAGAAGAAUUAACGUUUGAAGAAAUAAUAAGUUUGUUAGAUAAACAUUUUACUCCCAAACGGUGCGGUUUCGCCGAACGUUUUAACUUCUAUGCGGCCACGCAGGCGUUAAAUGAAGGUCACUCGCAGUGGGCGGCCAGGUUACGAGGGCUGGCGGCCCAUUGUGGAUUCAAUAAUCUGGAGGAGUCACUGCUCGACCGGUUCGUCAUGGGCAUGGCGGCCGGGCCCGAGCGUGACAAGCUGUUCGCGCAGGACGUGAAGGAGCUGUCGCUGAGCAAGGCGGUGGAGCUGGCGGAGAGUGUGCGGUGCGCGCGGGCAGGCGCCGCGGCCGGCCUGGGGCGCCCCGGGCCCGCCGCCGCCGCCGCGAGCCUCGCACUCGCAGGCGCCUCGGUGUUCAGCAUCGAGAGCCAGAAGAAGACCACCAGUGUGGAUCGGUGCUCAGUCUGUGGUUAUAAAAGCCAUACAGCGGCUCAGUGUCGUUUCGUAAAUUUUAAAUGUAAAAAGUGCGGGCGUAAAGGGCAUUUACGUAGGAUGUGCCAAGUGCAGUCAGUGAAUGUAAUCGAGGAAGCGUCGGUAAGCGAGGGCGAUGAUGUCCUUACAGUGUGAACAAUAUGGUGGCAGAAAGAGACCUGACUUUGCUGUAGGCGAUUCUGUCCUAAC